AUGUCCAGAAUAGCUACCUACCGCAAAUUCCUCUUAAACAGAGUAACUGCCUCAAAAGACUUCUCUGAUUAUUUAGAAAAUAAAAUUAUAAGCGACGAUGAAUCUUCAAAACAUUGUUUUCAUAAAAUUAUGGUUCACAACUGGAUUGAAGAUGACAUACAGCUUUUUAAUAUUGUCAGUGAAUAUUUUAAUACCUUAUUUAUACCAGUAGAUUAUCUGGCAAAAAAUGAGAUAUGCUCUUUUUAUACAAGCAGUCUUACCCUUGUCUCUAAAAUAGUCAAACUGGAUUUUAUGUUUCCAUACCGAAGAAGUAUGUUUAAUGUGGACAUUCUAUUCAAUGAUAAAACAUCAGCAGAUUGUUUUGAAAUCAGGUCCUCUAUAGAAGACAUUGUAUCAUCAGUUGUUUGUAACAGAUUUAAUGAGAAGAUGGAGUUGAAUUUAUCAAAUUUUUGCAAUGAUCCAGAGUUUAUCAGAACAAAACUUAACUUCUAUAAGCUGGGCCUACUUGCAAAUUUUAAAAUACUAAUGUUAAGGAUGGGAAGAGAUACAAAAGUUUUAAAUUUAAGUGACAAUGAAUUGAUUGAAGUACCAUUAGACAUAUUGAAUUUCUUCAUUAAAGGAGAAUUAAUUGGCCUCAAUUUAAGUAACAAUAAUAUACCAUCAAUUGAACAGCAAUUUAGAGUUAGCAGCAAAAUAGAAAAACUUUGGUUGGAAGGAAAUCCAUUAUGCCAAGAUAUGGACAUAGGAACAUAUAUAAAAAAAAUUCUAGUAAGGUUUCCAAGAUUGACAGAACUGGAUGGUGUCAAAGUAAACCAAUAUGGCAUUUUGUGCCCAUAUGCCAAAUACUUCAUGGAGACUCCCGAUAAAAAGACUAAAAUGGUGGUUGAAAAUUUCAUGACGCUAUAUUUUUCGCAUUAUGACACGGUGCCCCGUACGAAGAUAGAUAUGUUUUAUGAUAUUUCUGCCGUUCUGACUAUAUCUACUGAUUUAUCUAACUUAAUGUUUCCGCAUUACGCGAAUAAGUGUCGAAAUGUCAUGCAUCCCGAUAAGAGAAUAUUAGUAGAACAAAAGAAGAAAAUGUAUAUUAGUAGAAAUAAUAUUGUAGGAAUACUCUCUUCCUUCCCUGAGACCGUACACGACCUAAAUACCUUCACUGUGGAUGUUCUCCAACACAAUAAUAAAAUUUUAAUACUAGUAGUAGAUGGAAUCUAUAAGGAAAAAGGUGAAACGGACGCACAUGUGAAUUACUUUCAAUUCAGGAGAACCUUUAUUUUUAAAAUACAUCUAGUCAAUACAACCUCUGUUUAUCACAUUGCAAAUGAAAUGUUCAGUAUUUCGUUGGCCAAAAGGGAACAAAAAGAAAAUAGUUUUAAGUUUCCUACAAAGAAAAUGAAUGAGUUAAGCCUUUUGAAUCCGAAUAAAUCAGAAUCGCAGGAGAUUUGCAAAGUAUUCAUGCAUCUUACUAUGUUAAAGAAGUUUGAAGCAGAACGCCGACUGAAAUCUCAUAAUUGGGAUAUAAGAUUUGCAUUAGAGGAAUUCAUGAAGGAUAUGAAAAUUGGCACCGUAUCUCAUGAACUUUUAAUGGAGGAUGAUAAUCAUUUUUUAGAUUCGUCAUCAGAAGUAGACUAA